UUAAACAAAUUUUUACACUAUGUGUUAAAAAUCUUUGAACUGUGAAGGGUUCAUCACCAAGGAAACGCACGCGGCAUCUGAAAAAAAAAUAGCGGAUUCAGGUGAAAGUGCUGAAGUGGGCUCUCGCCACUGAUAAAGUAAAAGCAUAAAAAUGGCAACAGCUGUGGACAGCUCAGAAAAAAGAUCCUCUGUCAGUGGCAGCGAAAGUAAUGUAAAACGAAAGGUAAAAUAUUCUGAGGACCGACUGAACAUUUUGGCUCAAUUUAAAAAGACUCCACCUGGAUUUUUAGAAGACAGAAGAUCGGUUUACUGGGUUGAUAAAGUUCCACCGAGCGCACCAACAGUAUUUGCUCUUACAAAAAGACAGCAAGAACUUGUAAAAAGCAAAGAAUAUCAUCCGGAUUUCAAGCCAGACAGACCAAGUUCAAUAUGGAAAGUUUCCAGUGGAGCAUUGAGUCGAAAUCCAACUCCAAGAUUAAAUGAACUGUCCCAAUCGAAACCUUUUCAUCCAAAUUGGGUCGCUAUGAAAUCAGCUUAUUCAAUAGUACCAUAUGGUGCAUUACAUAACAAGCCUUCAGAACGAUUAAACACCCUAUCACAAGCAAAAGAAUACAAACCACUUCCAAUCAGAUCAGACAGUCAAUGGGAUUGGGGAGAAUGGGUUUCAACCAUACCUCCUGCUGCAAAAACACAUAUCGCCUCUGCAAGAUUGGAGCAACUCGCUGAAUCAAAACCGAGUCCCAAUAGCUACAUGGGAAAUAGAUCGGUCAUCUGGCCUGUUGCUCCAAAUGUAAUGCAAGUCCAGGCCACAACGAGAGUUCAGCAAUUAGCUCGCCCAAAAACGAGACAGGCUCUUGAUCAAGAUUACGAUCCUUACAGAGUAUCAUUUGCAGCUAGAAUGGCUGUGCCCUCACCCCGAGUUGUAGACUUAGCUCUUCCAAUACCAAGAAAAGUAAGACCGAAAAAAGUAUGAAUUCAAAAGAGAUUAACUUCUAGCUGAACUAAUUGUAAACCUUGGACAUCAAGAAAAAAUAUACAUUACUCAUAUUUAAAAUUAGUUGAUGCCCUAUUCACUGCGACUUCAAUGUAUUUUGGUAAACCUGAUAAAUUUUUUUAUUUUUCCGAUACUUUUCAAAUACGCGCUGUGGUUUCAUAAUCUAAUACAAUAUCUUAAUUUUCUGUUAUUAUCAUCAUAUACUACUCGGUCUUGAUUAUUUUAAGCUUGCUGAAUUCAUUCAUUCACUCAAAAGUGUUUUAUACAUUUGACAAAUGCCUUUUUUUGUUUAAUAUGGCCAAAAGAGAUUUCUUUAUUACUCCAAUGCUGUUCACAUACACAAUUAACAUGGGAGCCAACACCACAGAGAUUGUGCUAAAUUUAACUAUUUUUCCAUAAAAGUGUUUCAAGAUUGCCUAUUUGCCUACAUCAUGUGAUGACUUUUUACCUGCUUCAAGCUAUUUUUUAAAUGAGAUUAUACAGUGUUUUAUUUGUAACUGAUUUGCUUGCCAUCUGAGAUGACAUUUACCUAAGUUUGCCAUUUAUAAAAUGAUUGCCAAUUUUCCUAGUGCCAUAAUAUAUAGGGAUGUCCAUAUUUUAAUAAUAGAAAUGGUUUAACUUUGUGCACCAAAAUUUAACAUAAAUCAGGAUCCUGAAAAUAUCGAUUAUUCAAACUGAAAUUGCUGGACAUCCCUAGCCAUAACCAGCUUACCUAUUGUUUUAUUAUAUUUUUUUUGAAAUCUAAAAGCAAAAGUACAUUUUAAGAAGUUUAUUAUUUCUCUUCCUAAGCAUUAUUUUUGUAUCAACUUCUACCAGUCAAUACUAUUGUUUGUGUAACAGUUUCAGAAUAUGAAAUAAUAAUAAUUUUG